AUGAGUGAAAUUCAAAAUAAUGAAUUAAAUAAUCGGUCAUGCCAAUUCAGAGCUCAAGAAAAUUCGAUUACAGAUGAAAAUGAUAAAAAUGGAAACGAGGCAGAGCGUAUGAAAAUAAUACAACGAGAUAUUGAGAAGGGUGUCAUUACGGUUAGUAAUGUUAAUGAAAAAGACGAUUUGGAUGUAGAAAUUUCAAAAUUGGAUAAAAUUCCAAGGUUUGAACCAUUGAUUAAACCUCAUGCUGAGACAGGUUUCACUCUUAGUGGUUUAUGGGGUUCAGCACCUGCAUCUUCGGAUCACGUUAAAGAACCAUCAUUCGGAUAUGAUUCAUUAUUUAAUUUUGCUUUAACAUAUCAAUCUCUUAUAAAAAAAUGUGUUGAAGAAAUAUGCGAAGAUCAGAGAAUAGUUAUGGAAACAGUCAAAUCAGUGGAUACAUAUUGUGUAGAGAUAAAUCAAACAAUGAUUGCCGCACAAUUACAGGCAAAAACCAAUUACGAACAAAUGGGCAUCGUUAACGUAUUUAUGAAACAAGUGGAAAAAACUCAUAAGAUGGUACAUGAAAUUUUUCAAACAUUAAAUAAGAUAGAAAAUCUUUUACCAGCGGAAGAACGAUUGACAGAUCAAUCUGCAAGUAUCAAACAUCCAACACUUCACAAGUUAUGGUUAAAUACAAGACAAAAACAUAACCAUGGUUCCUUUCAGUUUGAAACAAGACGUCUUUCCUUACAAAAACGAAGAACUCAUUUCAGCGUUGUUACAGUAUCGUUUGAUACAGUUUUGUCCGAUAAACAUCAAGAUUCGGAUAUUGCAUUAAGUCCAGUUCGAAGCCCUGACGGAACAAUAUUAUCUAAUGUUCAAAGCGUUCUCGGUUCUUCUGAAGAUAGUUCUGCUUCUGAUCGUUUGAAAGAAAUAUUUUCGAAUCAAUCACAAAGUUCAGAAGAUAUAUCAUCUUCACAAUGGCUUUCGGCAAUGAGAGAAAGUGUCAAGAAAGCCAACACAAGUAUUGAAAAUCUACAAGGAUUACAGGAAGUUCAUGCAGCCACAAAUAAUUAUGGAUCACCUAAUUCUUCACCAUCAUUACUUUCUUCAAAUAGUUCACAAUACCAUAAAUCUCCAAUUAACAAUGUUAACAAGCCAUCAAGUCCAGGCUCUUCGAUAUCAUUGCUUACAGCUAUGUUAAGACGAACUACUGUUAAAGAGGGUGAAACAAAAAAUAAAGUCACACCAAAAAUUCGUAAAAAGAAAUCAAUAUCAUCAAGCAUCCACAACCAUAAUAGUACUGUUUCCAAAACUAGCAUAGAAGAAAUCACAAUAUCGAAUGAUCAUGGUCGAAAAAACGAUUUAAAAGAUUUAACGCACCCCAAACAAGUAUCAAAAGAAGGUCUCAUUAUACAAUUUGAGAGCGAAGAUAGUAGGAGCAGUAGUGAAGAAAGGAAUGAUAAUAUGGAAGAUUCGGAAAUAUAG